GCGACGUCGUCCCCAACGUCAGCGACAUCUUGGCCCUAACGGUUUUCCGGGGGUCGCCGAGCAGCUCUCCAUCAGGCCGUCACGGCCGCCUUCAGGACCGACCCCACGCCGUCUGUUUUCCGCUGGCUGUUGCAGAAUGGCCGAUACCGAAUUUGAGGAAUUUCGACACUAUUUCGAGAGGCUUCCGCAGCAUCUCAAGGCACCACUUUCUAAUUACACGCUCGUUCACGAUGUGAUGAUAGACGAUUCACCGACCUCGUCGCAGGAUAGCGACCCAGAGGUUGAGAGAUCUUGCGAUGGAGUCGCAGGCGAUUCCGAGGACGAGGAAGUGGUGGUCAUUCAUCGGCACGAGAAUCAGAGCGGACACACUUCCGGUGAUGAUAGCGAAGAUCUCGAUCACAACUGUUCCAUCGUCGCUGAUAGCGACUUUAGGUUGGUAACAUCCUUGUUCGGUGGACUGAGCAGCAGGGGUCGAUCGGCAGGCGUCGGUGGACCAGGCCCUGGUGGAGGUAGCACUGCCGGAACCGGUAACGGUGGUAGAGAUAGCGUAGUCAGCGACGUCGGGGAUUCCUGUUCCAGUCUGAGUUCCUGGCCCACACCUGAACAUGUACCCUCGAAUCGUCCUGGAAGUGGUAGCACCGAGCGCAGACGUCGGAGAUUACCGGAAAUUCCUAAAACGAAGAAAUCUCUGCCUAUCGGUCAGACGUCUAUGCAGUCGUCAUCGUCUCUGGCAGACGAAUUGAAUGCAGCAACUGGUUCGAGUUCUAGCCGGCCGCAUUUAGUCUUACGAAAAUGUCACUCGAGGCUUCGUCAUGAGGAUAGUUCACCUGACAGCGAGCGAAUGGCUACUGACAGUGGUCAUUCCACUGCUCAUUCGCCGGAAAAUGGACCGAAAAGUGUGUCGCCGAUUCCCUGUAACACGUUGCAGAACACUGACUCUGUUUCGCCGAGUAGUACACCAGGAAGCGGUGGUGUGCCUUUUACUCAAUUAGAGCUGUUGGAGGCGACGCAUCGAGGAUUGCACAAAUUCGUACCAAGACAUCAUGAUGAGAUCGACCUCGAAAUCGGUGAUCCUAUUUACGUUCAGAAAGAGGCUGAUGAUCUAUGGUGUGAAGGUGUGAAUCUGAGAACAGGUCGCCAAGGUAUCUUCCCCUCGGCUUACGCGGUCGACAUGGAUUACAGUGACUUUGAUCCCUCGGCGCCGAAGGUGAAGAGGGAAAGAUACCUUCUUGGUUAUUUGGGAUCUGUGGAGACAUUGGCGCAUAAAGGCACUGGUGUCGUUUGUCAAGCAGUUCGAAGAAUUGUCGGAAACUCGCAAGAAUCUCCCGUUUCACAAAGCUGUAUCUUGGAAGUGUCCGAUCAGGGUCUUCGAAUGGUCGAUAGAAGUAAACCACGGAAGAAUCAAGGACCCUGUCACGAUUAUUUCUACUCGCUUAAGAAUGUUUCAUUUUGCGCGUUUCAUCCUCGCGAUCAUCGCUACCUCGGCUUCAUCACGAAGCAUCCUACCUUGCAAAGGUUCGCUUGCCACGUUUUCAUCGGUCAAGAAUCUACGAGGCCCGUUGCCGAAGCCGUCGGGCGUGCUUUCCAUCGGUUCUACACGAAGUUCAUCGAGACUGCUUUCCCGAUAGAGGAUAUCUAUAUCGAAUAGAUUGUACUGCUGGCCUGUCGUAUAGCGGCUACGGAGGAAAAGAUAAAUCUCACAUUCCUUUGUCCCUUGUACAUACUGCCCUUAGUUGUAGAUAUUAUAAAAGAAAAAUGAUAGACGCGAAUCAAACACCCAAUUUAUGUACAUAUACAUAUAUGCAUAUACAUGUACACAUAAGUACUUACUUGUAUGUAGAACUAUAUGUAUGUACAUAUAUCUGUAUGUAUCGAGCAAUUUCGGGAAGCGUCACGUCGGGACCGAUUAUUCAAUGCCGUCUAUUGUUUCCACAUAUUCAAUUUAUUAUUUAUAUUUCUUGUUUUUUUAUUAAUUAUUAAAUUUAAUCUAUUAUUUAUAUAUUUCUUAAUUUAUCAAUUCUACAGAUCUCGACCGCUUUCCAUUAUCUCAUCCAUCAAUCCUGCCUUCAUCACUUUCCAUUUAUGCACGAAUCAAUCCAUAGUUCCUGUGAGGCAAUUUCAUUAGUCGCGAAAUCAUUUUUCCUCGCUUUCAUUACUUUUUGUUACUACGAUGGGAUGCGGCGACUUAAACUCCGAGUGAAAAAUCUUUAAUAUUUGAAUAACGUACACUAAUUACUUACCAGAUAAGAAUUAAUCGUUAACCUUUCGAUCCUUCGACCAAAAUAUCCGUAUAGCGACACAUAGAACGAGACAAAACCGACAAUAGUGUGGAUCGUUCCAACAUUUUAUUUCAGAAUAAAAAAAAUGGUAGCGAACAAAAUUUCAGUUUGAAUUUCUUUUGUCGUGCGCGUGUAGAACGACCGAUUCAUUGCUUUCAACCGUAUAAACCUUUCGAAUUUGCUCCGAAUUACGUUUAAAUCGUGGCAACGAAAGAAUAUCGUUUUCUUCAAAAAAGAAAAGGAAACGAUCUCCAAACGCGCCAAGAGAUAUUAUUAUCGUAUCGUAUUUAGAGACACGUCUAUUUUUCUAUCUUUCUUUCUGAAAGAAUCGUUAAUUAUAGAUUGCGUUGUAAACGAUAAGGCUUUAACGUUUUACGAUCUUAUUCGAUUCCGCGACCUUCGGAUGAUUCGAAUCGCAAAACGACGAUUGAAACGCACAUUGGCCUCCCUGAAUCUUGAUUAUUAUUAUCGAUUGUACUGCGUUACAGCGUUUCGCGAACUUUCAUGCAGUACGAAUCAAAUCGCACGCACCGAACGAUAAAAGGUCGAUCUAUAAAUAUAAACAAUGAAUAAGAAUGAAAGGUAUAUAUAAAACGGUCGCGAUUAUUAAUUUGUACCAUAUUUAUUAUAAUGUUCGAUCGUGAGUCUCAUGAUAAGUCUCGUAAUUCGAAAAUUCUUCGACAUCCUUCGACGUAUCGCUUUUGUCAACGAAAAUACUCUUAGAUUGGUGCAUAUGAAAUGUCGUUGAUGGGAUAACCCAUUAAAUUUUGUCUUAUUGCCAAUUAUCAACUACAAAUAAGAAGAGGAAAUUUAUUAUAAAUCAAGUAUAUGUAACGUUAAGACGAUUUACAUAUUUAAAACAUUACAACCUUAUUAUUGGCCGUCACGAAUAAUUAUAAUAUUCGUAUAAUUUUCUUAUAUACCAUGAAAGCUACUGUAUACAUAUAUGUAUUUAGCAUUUGGAGAAGGACAAAGAUAUUCCCUAUUCCAUCUUGAAAGAAAUUGUAACAGCUUCAAGACCUUUUGAAUUUUAGAACUGAUAAUUCUCAUGAACCUAAAAUAAUAAAUAAUAGAUAAUGAAUCAUGUGGAAAUUACUUGGAUUAAAUAUGUGGUAUUUUGAAGAAAUUACAUAUUGUUAAAAUUUUAUUUGAAAAAAAAAACGACAUUUUAUAUGUAGCAACUAAUACAAUUACUAAUAUUGCUCUUUGAGUUUCUUUUUUUUCUGUAUAUGUUAAAAAUGAAUCAGUCUCGUUAUAGGUAUCAUUUAGUUUAGAUGAUUACGUGCUUGGGAUUUGAUCCACGCUGUACACGUAUUGAACAACUCAGUUACACACAGUAUGUUGAAUAAAAAUUGAGAGACAAACUGCAGUGCUUACUCAUUACUAAGAGACUCUUGUCUGCACCAUCGUCUAUCAAAUAUACGUGCCUUUGAUUGAGAUCGCCUCGAGUAUCGUGCCUUUACGAUUAUUUUCUCAUACAGGUACAAAUUAAUAUCAUCCGCGUGUGUAUAACUCAUUAUUACUUACUCUUGAAUUUUUUCAUGAACUGCAUCGUCAAGUUAGAAUAAAAAGGUGCGUGAUGCAAAAAACCAUACUUUGACUACAUUUAUGUCCGUUACCUUUAAAACUUGAUUAAAAAGAAACGUAGAUUUACUUGUGACAAAAGGAAGAAAAGGAAAUGUUACCGUUGAUCGUUUAUGGAAAGUGAAACCUAUAUUUAUUGUUCUAUCUUUCGAUUUGAAGUUUUUCGAUGUUUUCGUCGUCGAGAUAUUCGAUUGGGGAUUCGAUUGGAACCUUCGCUCGAUAAAAAAUCAUAAAUUAAGGUAUAGUUGCAACUUUUCAAUAGAUAAACAGAGGAAUGAAUCUUCGUUAUCGAUCGUGACUUUUUCUUUCUUUUUUUAUCUCAUGAGAGGUAAAUGGACAAAAUGCCUUGUUUACCAAGUUAUUUGCUCGAAAAGAACAUACACGCUUUGUUCGUUCGUGUAAUAUAAGUACGUACAUACCUACAUUGGAAGCGCUGGCCAAAUUGUUCUUUUCCGACAGUCAUGAUCUAAAUGAAUCCUAUAUACUUAGCAGAACUCUUUAUUUAUUUCUUAGUUAGAUGAAUGCUCAGAAGAAAAAAGCAAAGAAAAAAGAAACAGGAGAACAACAGAAUGUUUAAGAAUAGCAGAAUUCUAUGGGGACAAAUAAUGUGUUAUAAAGUAGCAGGAAAAUAAUCACAGUCCAGCAAGAACAUGAAGAAAUACUGUCAGUUAUGUUGACAGUGUUUAAUGUGAUAAUGUCUGUCUGUAAUAUUUUGCAGGGCGGCCAGUCUUGCAGUUAUUUUAAGAUCCUGUUAUGUAAUAAAUAUAAACUCAUCAUUUUAAAUAUUUUAUUAUCUUACUGUACUUUCUGUUUUGUUUUUAUUGAAACAAUUAAAUAUAUUCAGGAACGCAUAUUGAUUCUAUGAAAUAGACAGGACAUUAGGAUUAAAAUACAUAUUUGAACGAAGAUUGCAAUGCUUGCAAUUUUUUCAUAUAAUUUCUACAUAUAUUUUUUCCAGGCAGUAUUAUUUACAAAAAUGUUAUGCUUCCUACAAGUCUUGAUAAUUCAGUCUUGACACAAGUUAUAUGUGUACAUAUUUCAAUCGUUAUAAUAUUUCCGUAUUGAAUAUACUAAGAAUUUAUCUUUUUUUCAUCUCAUUAUUUAUGCUUCUCUAUAUAUGUGUUUUGUUUUUGUAUUAUCAUUUAAUCAUAUUUAAUUUAUUUGGAAACAGAAAUUAGGAAAUGAUUACUGCAAGAAUGCGAUCUACUGGAUAUACAAUCUUAAGAUCAAUUUUUAAUGCUAAUCAUGUAAACAAAAAGACAAAAAUUUAAUUUAAUCACGUUUAACAUCUUUUUUGUUUUAAUUUUGUUUCAUUAAACAGUGGAAAACGAGUCCCUCGAAAUUAAUGUUUGCAUACAUGGUAAACUCUUGUCUUUAUAUUCCUUCGUUUCAAUAUCUAUGCUGCACUGAACAACGCGACUGUAAACAUUUUUAUAAAUUUCUGCAUGAAUCUCCUCAUCGUGCACAGUAAUAUCAAUUCUUUCUCUCAAUUUGAAAAAACAGAGAAACGGAAUUCAGUUAUAUUUUCUAUCAUUCUUUGGCAAUCUACGAAGAGCUAUACACCUCCAAUAUUACAAGUUUCUUAUAAUUCUCAACACCUUGCUUUGAUUAUCAUUCACCAAUGUUAACAUAUUCGAAUUGAGUAUAAAUAUAUAUACAUAAAAACAUGGAUAUAAAAUUAAUAUAAAAGUAUUGAGGUCAUAUACAUAUAUGAAUGUGAAAGUACUUAAUAAAGAUAUACGAUAACUGUAAUUAAACAGUUAUAUAACUUUUAUUAUGCUUUCAUUUAAUGUGCAAAGUGCAGUAUAAUUUGGAGGCGCAUUUCUCUUCAAAGAAGCUCAUAAAAAGCGAAUCACAUUCGCAGGUAUCCUAAUAACUACGGCGAAAUUUACACAGUGUUCGAUAAGUUCUCGAGAGCACCGAAGUUAAAAGCUAAAUUAGCCUGUACAAUGAUUAGCUUGGUCGGUAAUUAAUUCUGUACACACAAUACGAAUGCAAAUAUAUGUGUCGUUUUUAUUUCAUUACAUAGUGAAAUGGGAAAAAGAGUAGGAACUAAUACUUCCAAUUUUCGUGUGAAAGUACAACUGUGCAAGCUUGAAAAAAAAAAGAAUAUAUAUAUAUAUAUUAUUAUAUUAUAUAUAUAUAUAUAUAAUCUGACAAUAGAAAACGACUCACAUAUUGCAUGAUGGAGAUUUUAAUUUAAAUUAUUAGUUCUCAGUAUUUCUAAAAAGUAAUGAUUAAUAUAUUACUAUGCGGUUACCUUACGCAGAAGCGUAAUACUGUCAUCAUAAAGUUUAACUUUCUUUUUUCUCCUUUCUUUCUCCUUUUCUCCUUCUUUCUCUCCCUCUCUCUAUCUCUCUUCUUCUUCGUUUCCAUUUUUACAAACAAGAUUACGGAGAGACGAUCGCUUUACAUAAAAGUUUUUGACAUUGCUUGCACAGGAUGCAAAUCAAUAUUGUAUUUCGACCAUACAAUAAUUCGAAAAUUGUCAUUUUACUUGUAAAGAUAUAUGUAUAGAAAUGUACAAGAAGGAUGUAUAACACAAUCGUGUUGAAUUGUGCUAUGUUAUCUUACAGAAAGAAAUUGUAAAAAUCACUAAUGUGCAAACAGCAGAGUAUAAAAUAUAAUAAAGGUAGUAUUUACAGUA